AUGGAAAACAGACCCAAAAUCGGUCAUCCAUCUGCCAGCCGCGCUCCGGUUGGCGGGCGCACGCGCGUCGCGGCCGAGGGAGGGGGAGGAGAGGACGAUGCACUUACCCACUCGGGCGGGGCGGCGGAGGAGGAGCGGGUGGUGAGCGAAGCGCACGUCGUCGACCUCUUCAACGUCGCCGGAGCGGAGGACGGAAUGGGUGCAUCCGCGGCUGCCUGCCUGCCUGCGCGCGCCCGAGAUGUUAGCGAGCGAGGAGGGAGGGAGGGGGAAGCGGGGGAAGAGCACGAGCGGUACGGGACUGACCUCCGACGCAGCAGCCGCCGCCGAUGCUCGCUGGCGGCAGGAGUCGCGCCGCGCCCGUGGGUCUUCCUUCCUCCGCGGCUCCGCGACGCGAAGCAAGCGGAAGGAGAAAGCGCUGAACCGAAGCACAAAAGCCCACCGGGCCAUUCCCUCUUCCCGGCUUCGGAUUUGGACGCCGUCGCCGUCGCCGUCGCGGCGGCAAACCCCAAAAAAAUGGCGCCUCCUCCCCUAGACGACGUCACGCACCUGCUCGCCGAGGUGGCCUCCCGCCUCUCCCGCCCUCCCGGCGGCGCGGGCCCCUCCUCCGUCGCCGCCGACUCGCUCUCCGCCUCCAUCUCCUCCCUCGUGGCUGCCCUCAACCCCCGCGCCGCCGCCCCUGCCUCCUCCGGAACCAGGGUCCUCGACGCCGCGCUCUCCCUCAUGUGCUUCGACCCACAGGAGGCAAUCCCCCUCCCCCCAAUCUCCUUGCCCUCCCUGCGAGCCUUGGUCGGUGCUGAUGUGCGUUGGCAUUGCAGGUGGAUAGGGCUCGCCUGGGCUGCCUCGUCCGCACCGCCGUCUCCGCGCUCUCCGACUCGGCCUCGUGCCGAGUGGCCCGGACCGAUGACCGCGCCGAGAUGCUCUGCGUCGGGAGCUCCAUCUCGCCCCGGGACUGCCGCGAGCUGGUCCGCUCUUGCGCCGCCCUCGUCGAGAAAUUGGGGGGCCGGGAUGUUGCGGGGCAUUCCUAUGAUCUGUUGCAUGCUGCUGUGAAAACAGCCUUGUUAUCCCCUCGUUACCAGUGUCUCUUUCCUUCGCCAUAUUACAGAGAAGAUGGAGAAAGCAGUUGCGAGAUGGGUACCAUUUCUCUGGAUGUAACAACCCAUCCAUCUUAUCAAGUGCUUCCCGAUGAUGGCUCAAUCCCGCCAAGGGUCCAUUUGUGGCAUUACGACCCAUCAAUUCUGAAACAUGAUCUUUCAGAGAUGCUACGAGAAGCAAUUACAAGGCCUUUGCUUUGUCUGAGAAAAGAAUUACAUGAUCGGGUAGCAUGGCGUGUGAUUGUAAUAUGCUUAGUUUGCUCCCCAUCAGCGUUCUUGGAGAUGUGGU